AAAGAGUUUAAUAUUAUUGUUUACAAUUUUCUCUGAGGUUGAAGAAUCUUCCUGGUGAAGUCGAACUUCCGGUUCAGCGCUGAUUUUUAAUAAUUAUCUCGACCGGAGACUUCCGAUAUGUCUGGCAUGUACGACAAGGGCGACAUGAAGGGCGGCAUGAUGGAUGACGGUGCACCCAUCCACCGCAUCCGCAUCACACUUACCUCCAGUAAUGUCAAGUCACUAGAGAAAGUGUGUUCAGAGCUGGUGAUGCGCGCCAAGGAGAAACAGUUGAAGGUGAAGGGUCCUGUGCGCAUGCCCACCAAGACCCUGCGCAUCACCACCCGCAAGACCCCGUGUGGUGAGGGAUCCAAGACCUGGGACCGUUCCAGAUAGACCACAACGGGUCAUGACCUGCACUACCCUGGGGUGGUCAAACAGAUCACCAGCAUCAGUAUUGAGCCUGAUGUUGACGUCGAGGUCACCAUCGCUGAGUAGAACGGAGGUCGUUUGUCACCAUCGCUGAGUGAGGCGGAGACUGUCAGUCAUCAUCGCCGCGGAGAUGACAAUAAACAUUGUCGUACA